AAAACAUAUAGGGAUGUUUGGUUGUCGUCUGAUAAUCGUGUUUUCAUGGUAAAAACUGAAAGCUGGCCUCCUUAGCGUUGUUUUUAUCAGCCUCAUAUGCUGAAAAAUAUACAUAGAGCACUGUGGUAUUGUUUUUGUUCAGUGUACACUUAGUUAAUGCUGUUAUUAAGGGAGCAAUCAAGAAUUUGAUAUAUUCAGCAACACCUCCCAAUUUCAUUGCUUCAACAACUCGCAAAUGCCAAAAACAUUUUAUCUAAAUAACAAAACAAAAAUGAGCUGUGUGUUCUGGUAUUAUGAUAGUGGCAAAACGUUUAUUAUACUAAAAGUAGUAACUUCUGACUUCAAGAACGAUUUUAACCUUUCAUAUAUGCCUUAUUAGAGAGGAUGGGGUUUUGCCUUGGCUUACGUCUGUUAAUUUGCUGCAUAUUCUUUUGUGGCAAUGUACAUUUUCUUUGAUUGUAUAAAUUACAUAUUGUUUCAGCAACACAAUUGUAAAACCAGAGGAAUAAGGUGGAUCUUACACCCAUCGCACAGCAGUGCAUCUAGGCCGAUUCUCAGAAGCGCAGCUGUGUCUUUAAAAGCACUGCUCAGUCUCUUUCCUAUUGGAUGCUAGUGAUGGAUGCUGUGCGCCAAUCGCAUACAGAAUUGUACAAAGAGAUCUACCCCCUCCCCCUUGCAGCCUCAGCACUGUAAACGUUAACAAUGCAAAGAGCUGGAGGACGGUGGGUGAUGCGCUAAUAUCUCUAAGCUGAAAAAUAAAUCGUUAAUUUAAGCUUCAGACAUGAACAAAAAAGCUUCAUGUAUUUUUAUGGGAAUAGCUAAUACUCCUUGGAACUGGAUAUUAAAUUCGAUUUUCUCGAUGGGCAAAAACGUAUUCUAACGGAUAAAGGGAUGACAAAGAGAAUGGGAUACCGAGACUGGAGAUGGCAGGCGCUUUGGUGGCAUCAUUUCUUUCUCUUGUGGAGUACAAUAGGCGGACAGACUCGUUACAGCAUCCCGGAGGAACUGAAACAGGGCUCUGUGGUAGGAAAUCUAGCCAAAGAUCUGGGUUUGGGACUAUCAGACAUUCUUGACCGUAAACUGCGUGUCGCCUCGGAGGCUGGUGAGCAGUAUUUCAGCGUGGAUGCGGGGAAGGGCGAGCUGGUGGUGAAUGACAGAAUAGACAGAGAGGCUUUAUGCGGACAAAGCGCCAGCUGUGUUCUACCUCUGCAGGUUGUUCUUGAAAACCCUCUAAAUUUACAUCGGACUGAGGUCGAAAUAAAAGAUAUAAAUGACAAUUCGCCUAGUUUUCAUACAAAAGAACUGUCUUUAAAAAUUCCUGAAACAGCAGCAGUGGGAACUCGUUUUCCCCUGGAGAGUGCAGAAGAUUCUGACGUUGGCAGUAAUUCAGUUAAAUUCUACAUGUUGCCUAAAAACGAUUGUUUUACGUUGAAAAUGAAGGAAGUUGAGGAUGGCAAAACAGUCCCGGAGUUAGUGUUAGAGAAGCCCCUUGACCGAGAGAAGAAAGCAGUUCAUCAGCUACUACUGACUGCAUUAGACGGAGGAAACCCAGUCAUGUCUGGUACCUCACAGAUCACAAUCACAGUGCUUGACGUAAAUGACAAUUAUCCAGUUUUCGAUAAAAAUAUAUAUAAAGUUUCGUUAGGGGAAAAUACUGCAAAAGAUAGUUUUGUUAUCAAAAUCACAGCAACUGAUGCUGACGAGGGUCCAAACGCAGAAGUUGAAUUCUCUUUUGGCUCUCGGACACCGGAUUCCGUCUCAUCAGUAUUUGAAAUAAAUGCAUUAACAGGGGAAAUACAUUUGAAAGGAGACUUAGAUUAUGAAAAAGCCACGUCCUACAAAAUUGAAAUAACUGCGAAAGACAAGGGGAUUCCUGAAAUGGAGAGUCAUUGUCGUUUACAGAUAGAUGUUGUAGAUGUUAAUGAUAACACUCCAGAAAUUGUUCUCACCUCUGAACCACAGCCGGUGCGCGAAGACGCACCCAGUGGCACAGUUGUGGCUUUACUCAACGCACGUGACUAUGACUCCGAUAAUAAUAGCAAAGUGACAUUGCAACUACCCAGAGGUUCUCCUUUCACUCUUAAACCCUCCUUCUCUAAUAAUUACGCACUGGUUACCAGUGGUCCUUUAGACCGAGAGAGUUUCUCAGAGUAUAAUAUUGAGGUAACAGCCACUGAUUCAGGCUCUCCUCCUCUGUCCAGUAAAAAAAUUAUACCUGUCAGCAUCACUGAUGUGAAUGACAACCCUCCUGUAUUCACUCAGCCCUCCUAUAAUGUAUAUUUAAAAGAGAAUGGGGUACCAGGGUCUAUACUGUACUCAGUAUCAGCAUCUGACCUGGAUUUUGGUGAAAACGCCAAAAUCUCUUACUCUAUACUGGACUCUAAAGUGCAGGACGUGUCUGUCUCGUCUUAUGUUUACAUUAACUCAGAUAACGGCAGCAUCUACAGCAUGCACUCGUUUGACUAUGAGAAACUGAAGGUGUUUCAGAUUCAGGUUCAGGCAAAGGACCAGGGCUCUCCGUCUCUCAGCAGCAACGCCACUGUCCACGUGUUUAUCCUGGACCAGAACGACAAUGCCCCCGCUGUUAUUUACCCCUCCCCGCUGCCUGGGCUCCUCUCUCAUCAGAGGAUGCCCCGCUCCGCUAAAGCGGGUCACCUGGUCACUAAGGUGACGGCCGUGGACGCUGACUCGGGCCAUAACGCCUGGAUCUCCUACAGACUGGCGGAGGCCACAGACGCCUCUCUGUUCACCGUCAAUCUGUACACAGGGGAGGUGAGGACUAAACGCGCUGCGUCCGAGCAGGACGACUCCUCUCAGAGGCUGCUUAUAGAGAUCAAGGACGACGGGGAACCGGUCCAGUCCGCCACCGUCACGGUGUCCAUCCUGCUGGAGGACGGCCUCCAUGAGCCCAUCUUAGACCUCCGACAGAAAGCGGCCGAGCCCAGCAAGAAAACUGGGAGAAUCACCCUUUAUUUGAUCCUCUCUCUGGCCUCGGUGUCCGUGCUGUCUCUGCUGACUUUUCUCAUCUUAGCGGUUAAAUGCAUCAGGAACAGCAGAAGCAGCGGUAGUUGCUGCAUGAGACGGACCGACUGUGAUGAUUACAAGAACCCCAACAGAAACCUGCAGAUUCAGCUCAACACCGAUGGACCUAUAAAGUACGUGGAGGUCCUGGGAGGAGACAUGUUGUCUCAGAGUCAGUCCUUCAGGUCCUGUAUGUCUCCGAUGUCAGAGUACAGUGAUUUCACGUUGAUUAAACCCAGCAGCACCACCGACUUUAAGGAGGUGAUCAGUGUCCUGGAUGCGUCUUUACCCGACAGCACCUGGACCUUUGAGAGCCAGCAGGUGAGCAGUGAGUAGAACAAAAAUGGCAUAUACAGUUUUGUAAGACUAUUACUUAAACUACAGUAACCACAAAUCACAACUUUUGCUUUCACAGUGAGAAAUCAUAAUAAUCACAAGGUAGUUCAACACAUCCUCUAAAAUGUGGCAUAUUUGUUACCAUGUUGGUCGUAUAUGGUCAUAUAUUUUAAAUGAAAAUAGGACAUUUACAUCCAAACGAAAAGUUAACUAUCGUCGACAACGUUUGUGACACAGCGGCUGUAAUUAUUUGACCUGAAGACUGUGUUGGAUGUUGAAUAGCUUUUAGAGCUGUGCGUUUCAGCACCACAGGGAUGGACAGCGACUCUCACCCAUGAGGCGUACAGAGGGCACGAUAAUAGAUUGCUGUUAAUGGUCUUUAUCGGGUAACAAUGAAACUGCAUGAACAUUGAACUAACACACUUAAUAACUAUUUUUCACUUAUUAAAAUUCCUGUAUUUAUUGAUUUACAUAGACGCUAAAGAAGGUAUUUAGGCAUUAGAAAUCCAAGCUAGGGAAAAUAAAGUUGGUCUCAUUUCAAUCAAUGUUAACAGUAAAUAUAUUUUUUGAUGUACAGACUUUGAUUUUAAUACAUUUAUUUGUUUUACAUUUAUAUAAGUCAUGGAAAUGUUAAUGGCAUCACCUUAUGGCGUUUCACUUGCUCUAUAAUGACAGUGUAAAGGGGUUACUGUGUCUUUAACGAUGCUGCUCAGUUUUCCUCUCAUUGGAUGUGAGAGAUAGAUGCUGUGCACCAAUAGCAUUCAGAACUGUACAAAGAGAUCUACUCCCUCCCCCAUGCAGCUUCAGCACCAAAACCACAAUGCUCGGAGU